UAGCUCCCUUGCACAACGGUAGCCGCAACGUGGUAAACUUCAGUUGGAUGCUGUGACACUGUCUGGCAUUCCAUCUGUGAUGCUCCUGAAUUCUACAAGUAACAUGGGAACAUUUUUACAAACAUGGUGCACAGUGAACAGUCAUUGAAACCCAGAAUUGUACAUCGGAAUACUUCAAAGAGUAAAGGAACACAAGAUACAGAUAGUGCUAAAAAAGAUGAUGUUCCUAAAUCAAGACGAUGGAAGGUUCUCCUAUUUGUACCCGCAUUGGUAUGUUUGCUAGCUGUUUAUUUAUUAAGUAGAAGAAGUGGGGAAGAGAUAUUUGUCGGCGCAAGAGACACAGUAACCAAAGCAGUGCUGGAAGUGCCAUGUUCCCAUGACUACGAUAAUGAAGAAUUUCAUGCCUGCAAGCCAAAACGAUGUGCCAGGGUUGUCAUGGAUAAUUUGGUCGCAGACGACGAUGCUAAACACUUACUUGGAGUAGCUCAGAAAUGUCUCGCACUUGGCGGAUCCAGUGGUGGGGCAUCAAUUCUUGACCUACAUUCCGGUGCCUUAUCAAUGGGGAAUUCUUUUGUUAACAUAUACAGGCUUAUGAAAUCAUCGAAACUCAGAUUGCUGGAGGAAAAAGAUUUUAAAAUUUACAAGAAAGUUAAAGAUCAGAUCCAUGAUGCUAUUGCAGCAGAGUUUGAGAUUCCGAAAAACUCGCUCUAUCUUACAAAGCCAACAUUUUUCUCUCGCAUGAACACAAAAUUACCUAAAACUGUGCAUGAUGAAUAUUGGCAUCCACAUGUCGACAAGAAGACGUACGGUUCAUUCCAUUACACAUCACUGCUGUACCUGACGACAUACGGAGAGGACUUUACUGGGGGCCGAUUCAUCUUCCAAGAUACAGACGGCAACAAAACCGUGGAGCCAAAAUUAGGGAGACUUUCGUUUUUCACAUCAGGCUCAGAAAAUAUUCAUUUUGUUGAAAGGCUGAAGGAUGGUGUUCGAUAUGCAAUCACUGUUUCUUUUACGUGUGACCCCAGUCAAGCUGUUCCAGAUCCAGACUCAAAAUAAACCUUCUGUGUUCUUGGGGAAGGAGGCGUGGAGAUAAUUUAGUUGCUUAUUUCUUAUAUUUUGGUGUCUGAUAUACCAAUUAUUUGAAUGUACAAAACCUAUUUGUGGGUUUUCCAUAUUAUGUAUUGAACUACAGGCCUUAGGUAGUGACCCGUGAAAAGUAGUCCAUUUUGUUUAGAACUAGCAGAUGAAGUAUACAUUUACCCCAAAAUUGUAGGUAAUUUUUCAAGAAAAAUGUACGGUAUGUACAAUUUUCUCAUCUGCUAUUUAACUUGCAAUUCUGUUACACUUUAUAGAGAAUAACUAGUUAAUGACGUUGGAUAUCUGCUUUAUCCUGUUACGGUAAGAAUGGGAAAUUUCUCAUUCGGCUUGAACAGAAAAAAGCAGAUAUCCGACGUCGUUAACUAGUUAUUAUC